AUGUCUGGCCUCCUCCAAUACAACUUCUUUCCCACCGAUUUCUUCUACCCUCGACCGCUACCCGUCAACCGCGACAGUGACGCUACCAAUAAAUUGCUCAUGCCAGUUCAAAAUCGUCAAAGAAAGGCCAGAGAAGAUCGAGUUGAUGAUCAACAAAGGGCUAAUGUAAUGGUUCGUCUUCAUUACAACAUGGGCGAGGAUCACAAUAAAUUUUGCCAAGAAGCCUCUUCUUCAACAGGGCUACUUUAUCCCCGUGUGGCGAUCAAGAAGCGUAAGCCAAGGUUGGAUGUGUAG